AUGAGUAUUAAGCUGGUAGUUGGUGAGUUUACUGUAAACGUGAUUAGGGCUUACGCUCCUCAGGUAGGGUUGGACCAGGAGGUUAAGAAGCAAUUUUGGAAGGAUUUGGACGAGAUGGUACGUAGUAUCCCGCACACAGAGAAGUUGUUCAUUAGCAGAGAUUUCAAUGGCCAUAUUGGGGCUAGUGCUAGGGGUUAUGAUGAUGUGCAUGGCGGGUGCGGUUUUGGAGUUAGGAAUGAGGGAGGUAAAUCACUGUUGGAUUUUGCUAGAGCUUUUGAUUUGAUUAUAGCUAAUUCGAAUUUUCCGAAGAGAGAAGAGCACUUGGUCACUUUUUGGAAUUCAAUGGGCAAGACUCAAAUUGAUUAUCUUCUUUGCAAGAAAUGUGAUAAAGGUCUGUGCAUUGACUGCAAGGUCAUCCCAAGUGAGCAUCUCACGACUCUACAUAGGCUCCUAGUUAUGGACCUGGAGAUCAAGAGGAGUAGAAGGAAGAGGGCAGGGUGCAGGCUCGAACAACUAUGGUGCGCCAGAAUAAGGCUGGAGAUGGCCAUGGAACUUGAAUCGAACGAAGCCUGGGCCAAACUUCGUCGUGGUCAAGCCUUGAACUUUCAAAAACUAGGCAUACAGGAGCAAGAUGAGGCGGGUAUAGGGCUUCCAAAGCCUUGGAAGCCAUGGAUUCCAGUAGCUUUCAGGGCGGAAGCGGGUUUGAGAAGCUUCGAGAGAGUUUGA